AGAAAGCAGCUCGCUCUCGUAUGAGGAUGGAAAGGAUUGUAAGAAUGAAGAAUCUUUUGCUGCUUCUCUUAAUGUAUGCAGCUGUUUCUAAUGCUCUUCCUGCCCACCCCGAGAAAGACAACAAAGAGGAUGCAAAGCUUGUAGAGGAUUACUUAAGUAAAUUCUAUACCACUGAGGCAGACCCAAAUCAGCGUGGAUGGAAAACAAAUGCUGAUUUUACCGCUGAGAAACUCCAAAAAAUGCAAAGAUUUUUUGGUUUGAAAGUGACAGGAAAACCAGACACCGAGACAUUAGAAAUGAUGAAGAAACCUAGGUGUGGUGUUCCUGAUGUAGGUCUCUAUGGCGUUACUCUGCCUGGAUGGAAGAAAAACAAUCUGACGUACAGAAUUGUGAACUACACGCCAGAUAUGAGCAAAGAAGAUGUGGAUAAAGCAAUCCAGAAGGCAUUUAAAGUGUGGAGUACUGUCACCCCACUGAUUUUCACUCGCAUCCAAGAGGGAAUAGCAGAUAUAAUAAUUGCUUUUGGGACAAAAGCUCAUGGACAUUGCCCUCGCUAUUUUGAUGGCCCCCUUGGUGUUCUCGCUCAUGCCUUCCCACCUGGCAGUGGUUUUGGUGGUGAUGUUCACUUUGAUGAGGAUGAAGACUGGACCACAGGCUCAGAUGGAUUCAAUCUGUUCCUGGUUGCUGCUCACGAGGUUGGCCAUGCGCUGGGUCUCUCCCAUUCCAAUGACCAGAGGGCCUUGAUGUUCCCCAAUUACGCAUAUAUCAGCCCCAGUGAAUUUCCUCUCUCCCCAGAUGACAUAAGUGGCAUUCAGUCUAUUUAUGGUUCUGCAACAAAAAACCCAGGUAAAAGGCCAGCCAUCCCUGCAUCACCUAACGCCUGUGGCCCCCAGAUAUCUUUUGAUGCUGUAACUACACUCCGACGAGAAGUCAUAUUUCUAAAGGGAAGACACUUAUGGCGAGUCUAUCCUGAUAACUCAGAAGUUGAACUUGAAUUAAUUUCUGCCUUCUGGCCAUCUCUGCCAUCUGGUAUUCAAGCUGCAUAUGAGAACAAGAAAGAUCAGAUCCUGUUUUUCAAAGGGAAUAAUUUCUGGAUUGUCAGUGGAUAUAAGGUGCUGCUUGGUUAUCCAAAGAACAUCAACACACUAGGCUUCCCUAAAGGUGUUAAGAAAAUCGACGCAGCUGUUUGUAACAAACAUACAGGGAAGACAGACUUCUUCAUAGGUGACAAGUACUGGAGGUAUGAUGAAAACACCCAGUCCAUGGAGAAGGGUUAUCCUAGGAGGACAGUCAAUGACUUUCCAGGAAUUAGCCAGAGAAUUGAUGCUGUUUUCCAACAUAAAGGAUUAUUCCACUUCUUCCAUGGAUCAAGGCAGUUGAAGUUUGACCCUACUGCUAAAAAAGUCAUCAGUGAAAUAAAGAGUAACAGCUGGUUUAACUGCUAA